AUGAGUAGCGAUAAUGGGACUGAAACUGCAUUCAGCGAUGCAACUGAGAAUGCAGAAUCAACGAUGAUCCAACGCAGCUGUAUGAUGUGCGAUAAACCCAACAGCUUGGAAGACAUGGUCGGUUGUGACCACUGCGACAAUUGGGCGCACUAUGGAUGUGUUGGAGUGACCGAGGAGAUAAAGAACCACCCGUGGAGCUGUCCCAAAUGUAGCCAAAAAUUAAAAGUUCCCAAGGUGAAGAAACCCACCAAGAGGGUUGGGUCGAAGAAAAGUGAUGCCGGAUCUGUUCGGACCGCUGUGCCCGCCGUGGAUGCUAGCUUUAAGCAUUUAGAAGAAGAGCUACUUGCCAAGGAACUAGCUCUGGAAAAGGAAAUGGCUAUGCAGGAAAAACGGCUGGAAAUGGACAUGAUCCUGAAGGAAAAGCGCUUGCAGAAGGAAAAUGCCUUGCGUGAAAAGGCUCUUAAGCUGGAAAAGGAAAUGCAUGAUCGACAGCUUUCCCAACAAAGGCAGAUUUACGAACGCAAAUUAGCCGAGCAGCAGGAGUUCGAAAGGAAAAUGCAUCUGUUGAAGAAACAGUUUGAAUCGCAUGAUUUGGCGGAAGAUUCAUUGGACGACGACAGCGAAAAUGAAGAUGAAGAAGAUGCGGUGAAUAAAUGGCUGAGCAAAUCUCAAGUGCAUUUAAACACGGUUGAUUCUGCUGGUCGAAUUGAGAAUCCCGUUGCGACAAUUAGAGCGAAAAACCAAAGUGGUUCCGAAAUUUUCGGAAAUAUUCGCGUGAAUGAACCUGACCCGAAACUUGAUUCAACUGACGACGAGAUGGAUCAAGAAGCGAAACGAAAUGCAAAAGGUUUAGGCUUCAAUCAAGAACAAAUAUCGUUCAUGGAGAACUUGCUGAGGAGGAACCAAAGAGGCACGAGUUCAGAACUCGAAACCGCGCCGAGGAUCGUCGAAGUGACCAAAGAUCAGCUUGUAGCUCGUCAAGCUGGGUCGAAACAACUGCCAACAUUCCGAGGUGAACCAGAACUAUGGCCUAUUUUCAUCAGCAGCUACGAAAAUACUACUCGAGCUUGCGGGUUCUCAAAUCUAGACAAUUUGAAGCGUCUCCAGGAUUCCCUAAAAGGGGACGCUCUUGAAGCUGUCAGAAGUAGACUGGUUCUCCCGGAGACUGUACCGGAUGUAAUCAACGAUUUGCGGAGCUUGUUUGGCAAACCAGAAAGACUUCUGCGAACUCUUAUGAACAAAGUUCGAAAAGCUCAACCACCGAGGCUCGACCGAAUGGAAACCUUCAUCCAUUUCGGAAUUACCGUGAAACAAGUGUGUGACCAUUUGGAAGCUGCUGGUCUAGGAGAUCAUUUACAAAACCCGAUGUUGGUGAAGGAGUUGGCGGAAAAGUUACCCGAUACUUACAAAAUUGAGUGGGUUCGAUACAAACGGACUAGCCAAGGAAGUCCUCUACGAGUAUUCUCCAACUUCAUGAGCUCCAUUGUAGAAGACGUGUCUGAAGCGGCUGAAUUGACCCCGAUGGACGGCGGGGAGCACUCCAGAUCAAGCAAAGGUAGGAGGAAAGAGUUUGCACACGUUCAUAACGCUGAUUCCCCUCAACCUCCGAAGGAAGAUCAGAAAUUUUCGAAAUCUUGUUUGGUUUGUAAACGUACAGAUCACAAACUCCGUUUUUGCGACGAUUUUAAAAGUCUGUCUGUGACGGAUCGAAUCAAAAUGGCAGAGAAACUCAAACUUUGCAAACUCUGUCUUAAUAGUCAUGGGAAAAGCAGAUGUAAUUUCAAAGUACGAUGCAACAUCGGUGGCUGCCAGGGUGGUCAUCAUCCUUUAUUGCAUCUGAACGAGCAAUUUGCCAACAAUCUGCAAAUCGAAUGUAACACACACAACGGACAAAAUCGUGCUGUGAUUUUCAGAAUGGUUCCAAUAACACUCUACGUCGAUGACUUGGCCUACGAUACUCUCGCCUUCCUGGAUGAGGGCUCAUCCGCAACCCUACUGGAAUCCUCUGUAGCUGAUGAGUUGCAAGCAUCUGGCGAAAUUGAACCACUUGUCGUCACGUGGACGGGGAACAUGAAGCGUUAUGAAGAUCGUUCGAGAAAAGUCAAUCUGUUCAUUUCGCCCAGAGACUCCGACCAAAAACUGCCAUUGAACAAUGUGCGAACUGUUACAGAACUCCAGCUGCCACAGCAAAAGGCCUGCCUGCCAGUCAUGGAUCACUCUCUCGAAGAACCGAGGAUCAUGAUUGGACUGGACAAUCUACACGUUUUCGCUCCGAUCGAAUCCCGAAUCGGCAAACCAGGUCAACCGGUUGGCGUUAAGUCUUUGCUAGGGUGGACGGUUUAUGGACCUUGCAGGAAAGGGCCGUGCCCCCAGGUUGCCCUCAACGUCCACGGAGUGGACGAGUUGAGUAAUCAACAACUUCACGAUAUGCUUCGAAACCAGUACUUGUUAGAAGAAGUCCGAAAUCCGUCGUGCGUUCUAGAAUCUGAUGAAGACCAGCGAGCCCUCGCUAUUUUGAAAAGUACUACCGUGUUCACCGGGGAUCGCUACCAAACUGGGUUACUCUGGCGGAACGACUCCAGAGGAUUUCCCGAUAGCUAUGGCAUGGCCUACAAGCGGGCGUUAGCUCUAGAACGAAAACUCUCCAAGGACCCAGAUCUUCAAGCAAAAGUUAACCUUCAAAUCCAACAGUAUCUCGAGAAAGGAUACGCACAUCCGGCGACAACAGAAGAGCUGAACAACACACAAUCUUCAGACGUCUGGUAUCUACCGUUGAAUGUUGUUGUGAAUCCCCGCAAACCAGGCAAGAUACGGCUAGUGUGGGACGCGGCGGCGUCGGUUGGCGGAAUUUCCCUGAAUUCGCAACUCCUCUGUGGACCAGAUUUGCUAGUGCCUCUCCAAGGUGUGAUAUGUCGAUUUCGUGAGAAACCCGUAGCUUUUGGCGGGGACAUCAUGGAGAUGUACCACCAGCUAAAAAUUCGGCCAGAAGAUAGACAGGCUCAGCGCUUCCUUUUUCGCCAGGACCUGUCCGAAGAGCUCACGGUGUACGUCAUGGACGUCGCCACAUUUGGCGCUACUUGCUCCCCGUGUGCGGCGCAAUUUAUUAAAAAUUUGAACGCUCAAAAGCAUGCAGCUGAAUUCCCAAGGGCGGCGAGCGCGAUCGAGCUCCAACAUUAUGUCGAUGAUUAUUUCGACAGCACCGACAGCGUAGACGAAGCAGUUAGACUAGCCAGCGAGGUGAAGUUGGUUCACUCCAGAGGCGGGUUUCACAUAAGGAAUUUCGUUGCGAACUCCGAAGAAUUUCUGGUAAGAAUGGGCGAGCCGAAAAAUAACAGCGCAGUGCACUUUAACGCAGACAAGGAAUCUGGAACCGAACGUGUUCUAGGCAUUGCUUGGAACCCAACGGAAGAUGUUUUUGGCUUCUCUGCUAACUUCAAGCCGGAACUGGUGAAAGCCGUAAAUGGUGCGAAAAGACCAACGAAAAGAAUAAUCCUCAGCUGCGUAAUGUCCAUGUUCGAUCCUUUGGGUCUGCUCACCCCAUUUACGGUGCACGGGAAGCUCCUGAUCCAAGACCUGUGGAGGACGGGGUGCAGCUGGGACGAGCCGAUCGAUGAAGCUUCAAAUUCGAAAUGGGACCGGUGGACGAAUCUCCUACCUGAGAUAGAAAAGCUGAAAAUACCGAGGAGCUAUUUUGGUGAUGUGAGAUCGCAUCAGUAUGACGCUGUGGAACUACAUGUCUUCACUGAUGCAAGCGAAGCCGCCUAUGGUUGCGUGGCUUAUCUCCGUGUGGUCGUGGACGAGACCGUGCGAUGUUCCUUAGCCAUGAGCCGUUCUAAGGUGUCACCCAUCCAGCAGUUGUCGAUCCCUCGAAAUGAGCUGCAGGCAGCAGUGCUGGGGGCGAGAUUAGCUGAUACAGUGCAAAAGAACCAUCGUCUUCCAAUAACUCAACGAUAUUUUUGGACUGAUUCACAAACAGUUCUCUCGUGGAUCAGAUCCGAUCAACGAAAAUACUCACAAUUCGUGGGUCAUCGCAUUGGAGAAAUUUUGAGCAACACGAAGCUUUCGGAGUGGCGUUGGGUCCCGACAAAAUCCAAUGUGGCCGACCUGCUGACCAAAUGGAGUGUAGGUUCCAAGCUGACAGAUGAUAGUGUGUGGUUCGUUGGACCGCAAUUUUUGUAUGAAACCGAAGAAAGUUGGCCUUCUCAGCGGCCGCCCAAAGCAAAUGUUUCCGAAGAAUUAAGGGCUCAGUUCUUGUACCAUGAUGUGUUUAUUCCGGAACCUAUUAUCGAUGUCUCAAGAUUUUCCAAAUGGUUGGUACUGCUACGAACCUUAGCGUGCGUUUUUAGAUUUGUAUCCAAUUGUAGGAAGAAACGACUAAAUCUCCCAAUCGAAACCCUAAAAGCAACAGAUAGGCAAUCAAAAUUAAUUAUAAAAACAUUCGCAAGUCAAUUAGCACCUCUUAGGAGAGAAGAAUUGCAAAAAGCUGAAAUUGUUUUGUUUAAGAUAGCUCAAUCUGAAGUCUACCCAGAUGAAAUACGAGUUUUACAGAAAAAUAGAGAUCGAUCUGUUAAAGAUUGGAUCGCCAUAGAGAAGUGUAGUCCGCUGUAUAAGUUAACGCCAUUAUUAGACGAAGAAGGUCUUAUUCGUAUGGAAGGCCGAACAGAACACGGCGAAUUGUUGCCCUUUGAUAUGCGAUUCCCUAUAAUUUUGCCUAAAAAACAUCUGAUCACUGCUAAAUUGACGCACAGUUUUCAUGAGAAGUAUGGUCACGGUUACCGUGAUACCGUGAAGAACGAAUUGAAGCAGCGCUUUUGGAUUCCCAACGUAGGAGCAGUUAUUCGCAAGGUCUCCAAAGAGUGUGUCUGGUGUAAAGUAAAUCACAAUCGUCCUCAAGUUCCAAGAAUGGCACCAUUGCCUUACCAACGUGUUACACCAUAUCUGCGACCAUUCAGCUACGUCGGCGUGGACUAUCUCGGGCCUGUUGAGGUCACUGUUGGGCGGCGCACGGAAAAGCGUUGGAUUUGUCUAUUUACAUGCUUGGUGAUCCGAGCUGUGCACUUAGAGGUUGCGCAUUCUCUGACGAGUGAAUCAUGCUUGAUGGCUAUAAGACGGUUUGUCGGUCGCAGGGGCCCACCACGAGAGUUUUUGUCCGACAACGGGACAAAUUUUAAAGGUGCCUUCAAAGAGCUGCAGAAACAGAUUCGAGACAUCAACAUGGAGUGUGCCAACGAAACUACGACCGUUCUAACAGGAUGGAAGUUUAAUCCCCCAGCCACGCCUCAUAUGGGUGGCAUAUGGGAGAGGCUAGUAAUGUCGGUGAAGGAAGCUCUGUUCGCACUACAUGAUGGAAGACGCCUAACGGAUGAAAUAUUGCAAACUUCCAUGAUUGAAGCUGAGGAUAUGAUCAACGCUCGCCCUUUAACAAGUGUAUCCGGAGACGUAGCAGAAAAAGAAGCUUUAAGCCCAAAUCACUUUCUUCGAAGUUCUCCUACGAAUGAAAUUGAUUCAGUACCACCGUAUCCUCAAGAUGCAGUUUCUUUGCGCAAUUCAUAUCAGCGUUCCCAGCAGUUGGCGUACAAGAUGUGGGAUCGCUGGAUCAAGGAAUACGUUCCCAGUUUGAACCCGCGCUCUAAGUGGCAUGAUGAAACGAAUCCUGUGCAGAAAGGAGACUUGGUAUAUAUCGUCGAAGGAACCAACCGGAAGUGCUGGGUGCGUGGAAUCGUUGACGAGCCUGUGGUGUCUGCUGAUGGAAGAAUUCGUCAAGCUUGGAUUCGUACGAACGAUGGAAGGUUGAAACGAGGUGUGGCUAAGCUAGCGGUGCUCGAGAUAAGUUCAGGUAAAACCGAACCGGAAGUGACUUCCGGACCAGAUUUACGGGUCGGGGAUAUGUUGGGCACCACUGAAGAAUGCGCCCCCCUCGAUAAGGUUGGAUAG